UUGGUAGGUAAUUAGGCCAUUGAACUUCAAAAACAACACAAGGAGUUAUUUGGAAGCAGACCAAUUUUGCUUAAAGUGGCCAAAGUCACAGGAGUUAGGGAUCAUGAUGAGGAGACGAAUGCGAUCAUGUUAAACGAGGAAGAACUAAACGACAUGAGUGAGCUUGAUAGAGGACCAAGAUUUCUUGAGGUCAAAUGCGACUGCACCAACAGAAAGUACGGUGAUUUCACCGGAAGGCUUAGGAUUUCUACCUGUGGCCAUGUUGUGAUCGCAGCUUGGGAUCGAGUCCAACCCCAACUGUCCGGAAGAACGACGAAAAGGUUGCUCUCCAGAUCAAGAUCGGUCUACCCCAGUACUACAAAAAUGCAUCAAAUAUAUAUGAAUAUCUGUAGUACUGACUCAAAAAGCUCCGAACGUGAACGAAAAUUUCAUCGCGAUGAAUUCAUAAAAUGUUCAACAUGUAAUAAGGAGCGCAUGACGUUUCGUCUUCGAAAUCGUGAGCAACGUCCGAUAUUGUGUCUGUUUCGGCUGCCUCAAGUGCCCCUAUGGACUCUGACUGCCGCACAUGUGCCUGUGAAAUCAAGAAAGGCUUACCUCAACAAAUGGGGCGCAACACAACACUUCAAAUAUUUAAUUAAAUGCCCAACUUAGGAACUCAUUUAUGAUAUCAUGUAAAAUUAAUUGUUUCAAAA